AUGGCCGACGAAGCUUCCACCACGGGCAAGAAGCCCCUCAUCCUCAAUGCCUUCGUCAUGAUGUGCAGCGGUCAUCAAUCCCCAGGUUUGUGGCGUCAUCCGGAUGACAAGUCGCACAAGUUUGACGAGACGGAGCAUUGGGUUGAAUUGGCCAAGCUACUCGAGUCGGCCAAGUUCCACGGCAUCUUCAUUGCUGAUGUGCUCGGUAGGAUCCUCACGACGAGUUUUUUUUUAACUCUUUCCAUGUUAACCAAUCUAGGUGGUUAUGAUGUCUACAAGAAAUCACUAGAGCCAGCGAUUGUGUCAGGCGCUCAGUGGCCAGUGACGGAGCCUUUGGCUGUUGUUCCCGCCAUGGCCGCGGCCACGAAAAGCAUCGGCUUCGGUGUCACGAUUUCGACCACGUACGAACAGCCGUAUCAUUUGGCCAGACGGAUCUCUACUAUUGAUCACUUGACCAAGGGACGACUGGGAUGGAACCAUGACGAGCGCUACGCCCAGGCGGAAGAAUACAUGAAGGUCAUGUACAAGUUGUUCCAGGCUUCUUGGCGCGACGAUGCCGUGACGCUGGACCGCGCGCGCGGCGUCUAUACCGACCCGGAUCUUGUCCGCCCGGUCCAUCACAAAGGAAAGUACUUCACCGUUCCCGGCCCGCACAUUGUCCAUCCCAGCCCGCAGCGAACACCGCUUCUCCUGCAGGCCGGCGCCUCGAAGUCGGGCAAGCUCUUUGCCGCCCAGCAUGCCGAGGCCAUCUUCACCUCUGCCCACGCGCCCGAGGCGUGCAAGAAGAACAUUGCCGAAAUCCGGCAGACGGCAAUGGAAGCUUUCGGGCGAGACCCCCGAAGCAUCAAGGUCCUCGCGCUCGUCACGCCCAUCCUAGGCAGAACGGAGAGCGAAGCACUCGCCAAGUACAACGACUACAAAAAGUACGCCUCCCUAGAAGGCGCGCUUUCGCUGUUCGGCGGCUGGACCGGCAUCGAUCUCAGUGCCUACGGCGACGACGAGGAGCUGCGCGAGGUCGAGAGUAAUGCAGUCAAAUCAACUGUACAAGCGUAUGCGAGGUUCUCACCCGCCAACUCGAAAUGGACCAAGCACACCGUGGCCGAACAUGUCAGCCUGGGUGGCAACGGACCGCUGUUCGUGGGCACCCCGGCACAAGUCGCCGACAGUCUCGAAACCUGGGUGCAGGAGGCUGAUGUUGACGGGUUCAACUUGGCAUACGCAGUAUUCCCGCAGACGUUCCAGGACAUUAUUGAGCUACUUCUCCCAGAGCUGAGAAAGCGCGGCUUGUUCUGGGACGACUACGCAGUCCCAGGCGGUACCUACCGCGAAAACUUUUACACGGAAGCUGGUCAGAAAUACCCCAAGGCAGAGCAUGUGGCAUCCAAGUAUCAUUGGAAGGCAGGGCAGACUGCAGCGGAAAGCGUGUUCCCCGAAUAG